GUUAUUGAUUCCUUUUGACAGAUGCGCCGGAUGGUUUAUUUCUAUGAUCUCUCUCUCUCUUAAUAUGUCUUUUGAAACAGUGCUGUUAUUCAGUCUUCGUUGAAAUUUCCAGCUCACCGUUUCUGAUAAUGGAGAAGGCCACGAAGGUACUCCGCAGGAGCGGAAUACGAUUUCGGGCUCGGAGCUCCGGUCACGCGGAUUUGAAUUUGAUUAUCAACCAAUCUCGAGAAACGAAGAAGGCCUACAAAGCAUACAUAUCUGCUCAAGCAACGCUGAUGAAAGAUCUUCAGAGGUGGGCUUGCAGGGAAGAUAACAGAUCACUGCAGGUCGUUUUUAGUAAACUCCUGGAAUUGAGUACUGUUUGGGAAGAGGUGCAACUUGAGCUAAUCGAAAAAAUGCGAGAGUUCAGGACGCACUUCGAGAUGAUCCUGGAAGGCGAGAGACAGCUGGACUGUGCCAGGAAUCGUUUGGACUCAUGCGAUCAACAAGAAGUGAAGCUGAAGAAGGAGUUGAAAAGAUUAGCGAAGCGCGUGGAUACAACAUCAGAAGAGAUGUCGGCAAUCGAAAUGCGUGUCUUAGAGGCGGAGCGUAAGAAAGAUUUAGCUCAACUCGAGUUUGGCGUGGUCGAACUUGCAGUGCAAUACGCGAAAGAAAAAGUCAAGAGCUGUCAGUUGUCUGAUAAACCGUAUCAGGAAAGCACGUCGGAGAAGUUCACUCGUCUUAUGGACAGUCCACCUCCUCCGUAUUCUGUAGAUCCUGCUGUUGGACCUCCUGAGUACUCCUACAACAGUUUUUACCCAGAGCCUAGCAAUUUGUGUUGUGACGACAUCAGUUUGCAAGCCUCUUGUAAUAUGACUGGAUAUCAGACAUCGAUUGGCCCUGUUCCCACUCCCAGUGGUGCCGAAGCGUCCAUGCAUCAAGCUGAGAUUUUUCCUGAAUUAAUUGAUGAGCACUCAGUUUCCUCUACUCAGACGCGAGAGCAGCCCAGGACAUUCGCCAGUUUGAAGGAUCACCGAAGCAAGAGUGUUGGAUUGGUCGGUACAGUCUCAUCGGAGAUGAUGGCAAGCGAACCAGCGCAGAGCCUUUACCCGGAUUUAUCUGCAUUGAAAGAACCCGACUUGUCUACUGGUGCCCGUUGCAAAGCUCGCUUCUUGCGACAUAGAUCAGAUGGACAGUUCUUGUCGAAAGAUGAGGCCAAACUUUUCAAAAAUGAUCCGCGACGAGAAAGACUUGCCGUAAUGCCUGAAUGUGUUGGUGCCGAUCCUGAAAACCUGUCAGGAGCCAUUGGUGGUCUUUCAGUUUCUCCGAAAGAUAAUCCCUGUUAAGAUCUACAUUCUUAGUUUGUCCAUGUUCAGCGUCACACUUUCAUUUUUCCCCCUGCUGUGUUCUCAGCUAUUCAUUGGCCUUGUGCACAUCAAAUUUGUUUUGAAUGGGAAAACUGCGAUCGAUUUUUUUGUAUAUUCAAUGCACAUAAACGGCUAUAGUAUUGUAAAUGACAUACGAUGAUUUUCCCACCUGUAUUGUGAUAUUGGAUCUUUAGGAAUGAUCAAAUUCUUCCAAGACAUUUUUUUUCUUUUUUGAAAAUGUAUGUGAUACGUGUGUGGGUAAUGCUGUUAUUUUAAACCUCUUCGACUACUGCAUUUCGGACUUCAGUCACUCACGUUAUUGUCAUACGUUGUUGGAUGUUUUCUCUUGAUUGUUUGUAUUACAUGAUUUUUGUCUAAUUAAACUUUUCAUGUGGAUAUGA